UGUACGUUUUUUUACGUCAACGUAACGGAUCUAUGACAAAAGCGAGCCGUGAGGUAGUGGUCCCCGAAACAUGUCUCUGAUCCCCCGGGUUGACAUGCUGAAUAUGACCGGGGAUGGGAACCUCCCUGCCGCCUGAAAUAGCGAUUCACUUUACCCCAGCGAGUCAUCCGGAGCGUUAAAGCCCACAGAGGCAAAUCCGGCUCUUUAUUUAUUCAAGAGAAGAUGGCGGAGUUUUCGCCCGUCCUGCCGAUGCGGGAUGGAGGAGGACGAUUCGGGCAGCCCAUCUUCCCUCGGUCCAGGUCCGGUUCCGAAUCCGAGAGCGAACUGUCCCAGAGCCUGGCCCGGACCAAGAUCCGCUCGUACGGAAGCACAGCUAGCGUCACGGCCUCACUGGGGGAGAAAUACAUAGAGCAUCGGGUUACAGACAGUGAUACCCUGCAAGGGAUUGCUCUCAAAUACGGUGUCACGAUGGAACAAGUCAAGAGAGCCAAUAAGCUGUUCAGCAAUGACUGCAUUUUUCUGAGGAACAGCCUCAACAUCCCCGUAGUGUCGGAGAAGCGCUACAUAUUUAAUGGACUGUCUCCGGAGUCUCCUGACGGGGACGGUGAAGCAGCAUGCCAGGAGACGGAUACACCCUGUAUUGUGACGCAGGAUAUUGAGGGACCCUCGCCUUCCCCUUCCCCGCCCCCUGCGGACUCCAAACCCCCGCAGCCAGAGGAGCUGUCAGCCAAAGACUUCUUACACAGAUUGGACUUGCAAAUUAAACAGUCAAAGCAGGCAGCCCGCAGGCUGAAAGAAGAGGAAAUAAGAUGGUGUGUGUUUUCGGGGCUGAUGGCUGUCUGUUGCCUCGUUUCAAUGAUGGAUACCUGUCAGCAGCAAAUGGUGCUACUGUUUCUUGGUUUGCAACUGAGGGAUCAUAGAUACUGAGUCAUUGUUUGAGUGUUGGAAGCAUGUUUGGAGGAUUUAGUAGACAGGAUGCUAUAGUGAGUUUGCUAUGAUCAAGUCCAGCAUUUGUAGGUCUUGAAAAGAAGAGCUUGGGUGUUUUUGUCACUGUGUCGUUAGUGUUCACAGCCACAUUUUUCACCUUAACCUUGAAAUGCUUGUUGGAAAUGGGGCACAGACUCUCAUCCCUGAGCUCAGUAGGUGAUUGUCAGAACUCCUGACCAGCCGGGAACAGACACCAAAUGCAAGGAAGUGAAAAUUUUCUCACAGUAGCAGGAUCCAAGAUAGGAAUCAGGCUUUUUGUCAAUCUGCCCUACUAGUCAGAUGCCCACGUUAUGCAACAGUCAGGUGUUUAGCAGGAGGUUUGGCUUGCUGAAUCAGGCCUGAGCAUGUCUUCCUGACACUGCACGUUGACACAAAGAAUGCUCUCACGUCUGCUCAGUAGCAAGGUAGUAAUAGAUGCCUGGCAUACAACCAUUCAUAGAGACACAGGCCUUGUUGGUACUAUCGGUUUAGUCAGGACUGAGUCACACUGCAGCAGAUUCUUUUACAGACACAGAGUAUAAGCUGUUUUUCCACUUCAGGCUCUCUAAAAGUGUUUUGCUCAUACUAUUUUGUUUUCCGAAUGAAUGCAGACGCUCUUGUAGCAGCUGUUGUGUUAAUUUCCUUCCUGUUGGCCUUGUAAUAUAACAUAACCAUUUUGGCAGCUGCACUGGCAUCAACUGUCCCUUGUACCUGAUUUCUAUUAUGACUGGUGGUCUGAAACCAUGCUGUGAAAGUUGGACAUCUUCAAUUUCUCCUCAAAUCUCAUCUUAUCAUAUGAAAAGUCAUUACUUGGUCCAUGUGUAAAAUACUAAUAUUUACUCAUAUUUGACCGCACAACAUUUUCUAAUAAUUUUGUCAUGAUGUGCCAGUAAUUCUAGGCUAGUGUUUUGUUUUACAAAGGCCCGAAGCCUUAAGCAAAUGUGCAAGACAGAGUAUUAAAUUUCUCUCUAAAUGUUUACAUACCAGCUGAGGCAAUGCCGAGCUUUGUAUUAAAGCCCUGUCCCUGACUCCAGCCACAUCAGAAGACGGCCUGCGGAGCUUGUAUUGUGUUUAGACAAACAAAGGCUCACUCCGUUGUUUCCACACGGUCCCAGAGCAAACACAAGACUGCGUGCCUGUUGGAAAUGAAGCAAACCACAAACCACCUUAAUCUAAACUGUGGGGAAUAGCUGACUGAUGGAUACAUUUCUUUAAAGGAGCCUAUAUCUUCAUAUAUCUUAUAGUUUGAUAUCAGUUGCUGUGAUAUUACUGUAUAGAUUUACAUGAUGAAGAUUUGUUUAGCCUGGAAACGUGGCCACAUUAUUCCACAAACUCAAUCAGUGCUUUGCUAUCGAGCAACCUGCUUUUAAGGCCAAAUAUUCUUCCUGUCACUUCCAUUUAUUGCAGUCGUUUAGUAACUUUAUUUGUAUACAACUUUUUACAAACAGGAAUUCUAAAGAGUACAAGUAUAAAGGAUCAUAAAAAGACAGGAUGAUAGAGAUAAUUGGGUGAAGAAGGAAACACAAAGACUCUUAAUGCCUAAUAACUAUUAUGCCAAAUUAAAAACAGAACAAGUUUAUAGUGAAGUAAAACUUUGAAUUAAAAUGUUGAAUUGUUAAAAGUAUAUACGAUCACAAAGGCUCAGUGUUACAAAGGAUAGAUAGAUUUGAGUUUGCAGCUUCGUCUCAUCAAGCACAUCAUUGCAAAAUCUGGUAUUCCCCUUUGAGCAAACACCCGGUCACUUCUUGACACUGUAAACAUAUCGUUAGGAAGUGGAAUCAAAUCUGGAUUUCUUUCAUUCAAGGUCAGAAUUUCCAGAUUCAAAUCACCACUAAAAUUCAACAGAUUGUUCCCUGGACCAAGGCCUCGCUCUCCACCAAAUUUCAUGUGAAUUUCGAUAUAGAUAGGUAGAUAUAGAUACAGAUAUCCUGGUGAGAGACUGACUAACUAAAGUACAAAGUAUGCAUGAGUGCGUAAUUUGCUUCAGGUGGUAGCAGAAUAACAUGUACAAACUUGUCUGAUCCAAGUUUACUCUCAACUAGAUGCAAUAAAUGAGUAAGUUUGGCAUCUGUGGGAACAAUUCUGUUUCCAGGGAUGGCCUCUUGAAGACCAGCAGCACUCAGCACCCUGUUAACGAGUUCUUCAUUGUUUAAAGGAUUGAUCCUGUCAUCCUUCGUUUUCUAGUCAAAGAAAAUCAAUACAGCAACAUUCUGUUAGCUUCCUAACUUUACACUUCUCUCUCCUCUCUUCAGUUUCUCCUGCAACAUUAUGGCUUAAAACCUUCCUUUCCAUCCAGUAUUGAUCCAUCCCCCUAAUUAAUUAUAAUCCUUGGCAGCUCUCAACCUUGUGAGUAGUUUAAACAUGUACAGUAGCCCUCAAGGAAGAAACGUUUCCCUCUAAAUGAGGGAAUUUGUGACGACUUGCAUUUCUGAAGUAGCUUUUAUAAAGAGAGUUGACAGGUAACGGCAAACUUUAUGAUUGAGCUCAAGACGUUUGUGUGUUGUACUGAGAGGACGUUGUCUGGCCAGAUGAGCCCUCAGCUGUGACGGAGAACAACACGGCUGUUUGGUUAAACUCAUCCAUUAUUCACACACAGUGCAUUCACCUAGACGCUGCGGUGACCAGUUAAGAAAGAGAGGAAAAGAAUUAAGUGUGUGUGUGUGUGUGUGUGUGUGUGUGUGUGUGUGUGUGUGUGUGUGUGUGUGUGUGUGUGUGUGUGUGUGUGUGUGUGUGUGUGUGUGUGUGUGUGUGUGU